AUGUCGUCAACACGUUAUUACUCAUCUUACUCGCCUACUAUACCUAAUCUGAUACAAUCAAGAGCACAAGCGAUCUCAUCUAUCCCAUAUUCAUAUUCUAAAAAUACCUUCGUGGAUCUAACAUCAUCGCCCACACAAUCAGCUGUUCCCCGUGAGAACAUGAUUGAAGUGUCACCUACAGCGUCAUCGCCCUCUUUGUAUAGUAGGAUGGGUCAUUCACCCAAACUGCAAAUGGCAAGAACUUCAAAAAGGUUACAAGCUUUAUCUGAAUCCGAUCUGGGCUCAGACGAGGAUCACGAGCAUCCUGACGAGGAAGGUGAAGAUGCUGAUGAUCCAAGAAGAAUGUCGAUGGUUGGUGGACCAAAAGUCAGAAAGUAUACACAGGUACCCUGGGAAUUAGAACAAGAAUCACAGGAAGAAUGGUCUAUGAUACUACCUCCGUCACAACGAACAAGAACUCCAAGUGGGAAUGUCACAGUGGUAGGCUCAGCUGAUAUGUUUAGUGGAUUCAGUAAACAAGCAAGUAGAAUGAUCAACGCUGCUACUUCCUCUUCUUCGUUCAACGGCAAUAGUAAACAGAGCAAUAUUACGAAAGCGUCAAGAGAUAGAGAAAGAGAACAGAGCUUCAACUCUACAAAAACGAUAUCAGACAGUAAUUCAGUUGAAAACACUGCAUCAUCUUCUACAACGACUCGGCGCGGUCUAGCUCAAAUUUUAGGUGUUUCAAUGUCAACAUCAACGACGACAACGACAAAGCAUUUGCUCCCUUCUGCAUCAGGUUUGAGUCUGGCAAGUAACCAGACUACUAGCACGACAUUUUCUUCUGACGACACAUCGAUGCCAAUCACACCAAAAUUGCGCCAAUCACAAAUGUCUACAAAAUUAGAUCAUUCCCCUACUCUGACCUGUAACUCGUCUUCUUCAACUUCCAACAAGGGCAAAAGAAGUGAACCCCUUCAGUCUCAUUCUUUUGUAGUGGAUGACGGUUGUCAGCUCACGUCGUUGUUACCUGCUGUCACGCCGAGAACGAUUUCAAAUAGCUACAAACAACCUGUACCGACUCAACCACAAUCUCAGAUUACACUUGAGACCCUCAAUCUUACACCGACUCCGAACGUAGGAAACCAUAUGUUUGCUGCUGCAAAUAGGCCAUUACUGAGUUCCGGAUCACCUGGGUUUGGUUUAAUCUCACUUGAAGCAGCUCAAGAAAGGGAAAGAAAGAGGAAUCAAGCUAAGUCAGCUCACAGUACAGGUAGUCAUCAGCAACACAUUAGAUCCGCGACGACUACUGCGAUACCUCAACAAAAAUCUAGACCUCUUACCUCAUUCUCCAUACCACCCAUACCAGAUGAUAACCCUAGCAAUCCGUUACAUCCGACUACAUUAUGCACAUCAACACCCUCUUCCCCGCCAUUGAACAGAGUUCGAAGUAAGAAAUCAGGUAUAAUGCGAUUGUUCAACAAAUCCGAUAAAGUGCAAAUCCCACCCUUACCCACCAUGCCCACUCCACCGAUUAAAAGUAGAGAUGGAAGACAAUCUGUGUGGUCUGAUGCAUUUCCAUCCCAGAGCAAUGGGGAUGGCCCAGGUGGGCCACCCAAAUCGACUUCAAAUAGAAAAUACCUGGCACCUGCACACCAACAUGUCGAAGAACCGAAUAGUGAUGACGGCGAUAAGAUGACCAUAUCCAGACCCAUAAAAUUAGAAUUAAGGCCCGUCAGUAUGACUUUCUCAAGAGGACUGCCUGUUGAUUACAUGAUUCAUGGUUCUUCAAGAAAUGACCAGGAACUUCAGCAUGAUUCCCUUUUACCUUCUACACCGGUAUCAAUGUCACGCAAAACAAUUCCUCAAGGUGAAGAACCUACGACAAGUACAGAACUGACCAAGCGAUUCAAUGAACAGAUUUUGAAUGCUAAGAAAGCCUGGAGGGUUCAUUCAUUCGAAUUGGAAGCUCAAAUUAGAGAACUGAAAGAUGACCUGGAAAGAGCUAAAGUAGCUGCCGCAAAUCAAUCCAAGACUAAUGGCAGCUGUGUUCAUUGCGGCUGUGAUUGCAAUGGUUCAUAUCGGAAUGAACUGUUGGGAAUUAAGGAUAAUAACACAAGUAGGAGAGUUAUCGAUAGAGCGAGAGUUAAAACCGCAGGUGCAAGAGGUGUUUUCGGUUCUGGGAGUUUGUAUGAAUGGGAAUGA